AUGGAAAUCUACGAACUCGCCAGAAGUGGUUGUCUGAAGGAAGAGGACCUCAAGGACCUCGACUCUGGGAAACUGAACUAUUUCAACACGGACGAUCAAUUGACUCCUCUCGGCGUCGCCGUAUUCAAGAGAAACCUCAAGGCCGCGCAACUUCUCCUAAAGCACGGCUACGACCCGAACGGUCUCAGAAAAGGUCGUCCACCACUCUGGGUAGCCUGUGGUCGCCGAAGGAGCCAAACAAACAUCGAAGAGCGACUAAUCCAACUCCUCCUGAGCAAAAAUGCGGACGCGAAUCUCCGAUCCCAGGUCAAAGACGAUGAAGGAUCGACACCGUUGAUGAAAGCUGUCGAGACUCGAAAAUCAACCGAUGUCCUUAGCAGUCUUGUUGACCAUGGUGCAGACCAGGAUGCAGACGUUGGUGGCUCGUCGCCGCGGAAAUUAGCGAAGAAGCAAAACAGACUGGGCGCGUUGAAUGCCAUGCUCCCUCGCUCGAAACGGAUCGGCAAGCGUGUUUUGGAGGUAGCUAAGGUCACAGGCUUUGUUCUUUCGGCUGUGUACUGGGCCAACAAGAACCUUAAGGUUGCCGCUAGUGCUGCUGCUGGCACGGCCGUUGUCGUUGGGGCGGGAUAUGUGUUAAAGGACGCCAUCAAGAGAAGGUUCGGGUGGACUGGUAAGGUCGAUGAGGGAAUGAAAAAGUAUAUAAAAGAAGAAGUAUUGUUCAGCGAAGAAAAGCGACAACUCAAGGAUGAAAUGAACAUAAUCAUCGAAAAAAGAAGUCUGAACAAAUUUUUUCCCAAAGACAACCCAUUCCUUGAGAAGGUGGUGGACCGAGCUGUGAACCUCAACCGAGAUCCAUCCAACACUCUCAACCCCAAGAAUCUGACCCAUUUGGCACUUUACCAACCCAUCCUAUAUUGCGACGACAGUGGGUCAAUGAAGGAUAACCAACGAAAAGACCGUCUCAACGACCUUGCCCAGCGUAUCACUAGCAUUACCACCCGUGUUGUCCCGGACGAUGAAGCAAUUGAACUACGAUUUAUUAACGAGGAAACGACGGGCCAGAUGUCAAAGCCGACAAUGGAGGAAAUCAAUACGAUCAUAGAGAAAAUACCCUUCGAUGGAUGGACGGCAAUCGGAACAAAUCUCCAAACGAAGGUCUUGCAGGAUUACGUCUAUAAACAUCUAGAUGCGGGGACACUUCAGCGUCCAGUACUGGUGUCGAUCAUCACAGAUGGACAACCAAAUGGAGGCCCAAACUCAAAGGAAACUAUCGAGACCCUCCAGCAGGUUAUUACGGAGUGUGGUAAGAAACUGGAGCGUAAGGGUUACAAACGUGAUGUGGUCCGAUUCCAAAUCAGCCAGAUAGGAGACGACCCGGAGGCAGAGAAAUUCCUCAACAAAUUACAUGAUUUGGACCUGAAGGAUAUCCUUUAUAUUACCAGCGACCGAUUGGACGAUGAGUUUAAAGUCCUCCACGAAAACCAGGAAAAACUCGAACAGUGGCUUCUCGAGAUUUUGAUGGAACCGAUUCUCAGUGCACAGUCAUCAUAG